GCCGACACUUUCGGUUCAAAUUGGAACUUUGAACCACUUUCAAUUAUAACUCCAUCAUUUUCAUCAUUUUCUCUCUCUAAUUAACACUUUUUUUUCUUCUUUUUUCUUUCAUCUUUCUUCAAUCAACGCCAUUAAUUUCAGUCAUGAAUUCUGAAUAUGAUUACUUGUUCAAACUUUUGCUCAUUGGGGAUUCUGGUGUUGGCAAGUCAUGUCUUCUGUUGAGGUUUGCUGACGAUGCCUAUCUUGAGAGCUACAUCAGCACCAUUGGAGUUGACUUUAAAAUCCGUACUGUUGAACAAGAUGGGAAGAGCGUCAAGCUCCAAAUUUGGGAUACAGCAGGGCAGGAACGUUUCAGAACUAUAACUAGCAGCUACUAUCGAGGUGCUCAUGGGAUCAUUGUAGUUUAUGAUGUGACUGACCAAGAGAGCUUUGACAAUGUGAAGCAAUGGUUGAACGAGAUUGACCGUUAUGCUAGUGAUAAUGUAAACAAACUUCUAGUUGGAAACAAGUGUGACCUAACAGCGAACAAAGUUGUCUCAUACGAGACCGGUAAGGCAUUCGCAGAUGAAAUUGGAAUUCCCUUUAUGGAAACUAGUGCAAAAAGUGCUACCAAUGUGGAACAAGCUUUCAUGGCUAUGACUGGCGCAAUUAAGAAUAGAAUGGCUAGUCAACCUGCUCUGAAUGCGAGGGCGCCGACAGUUCAACUGAAAGGACAGCCAUUGAAUCAGAAGGCUGGUUGCUGCUCAUCGUGAAGACGCCUAGUGUAAUCGUCUCUGAAGUGGUUAUAAAGUAGCUCUUUUGUUGUAUACGUAGUUCUCACUUCUCUGUGAACGCAAUAUUGCUGAGAAAGUAUAAGAUUUCUCCAGUUGUUUCACUCAUUUGACUAUCUAUCAAUUCUUUUAUUAAUCA